AUGUGCAUCGGCCGCUACGAUGACUGGCAGCACCGCAUCAGUGAUCCGGAGUCAAAGACUUGGAAGGGCCAGGACUACUACAACCCUCGCAUCAAGGACGUCACGGAGGGCCGGCUGCAGAAGGAUUUGCUGGAGCGCUCCGUGCAGCCGCGCCUACCCUGGCAGGACGUGGCCUGCGAGGUGUUGGGCAGGGCGGCGCGCGAUGUGGCGCGGCAUUGCGUGGAGCGCUGGAACCACGCGAGGAACAUCAAUACGAUCUACGAGGAGCUGCCCUUGGCACUGCUGAGGCGGAAGGUGGCCGUGUGCAAUGAUGAGAUGCUGCGACGGCCACAGCAGUCCUGGGACGGCGCCUGGCCACCGGAGAAGGGCCCCUGGCAGGAGUGCCGAGCUCAGGUGGUGCGCUCCGUGGGCCGCUGGAGCGCGGGCAGCAAGACAGAGAGCUCCACCCACCAGGCGUACUGCGACCUCAUCCAGGAGUCGAAGAGCUUCAUCUACAUCGAGAACCAGUUCUUCUGCUCUGGCUUGGAGGGCGACAACAUCGGAAUCGGCAACCGUGUGCUCGAGGCGCUCUACCGCCGAGUGGUGAAGGCGGCAGAGCAGCGGGAGGUCUUCCAUGUGGUGGUGGUUUUACCUCUGCUGCCGGCCCUGGAGGCGCCUUUGUGCCAAGCCAACGCGUCGCAGCCCGUUUUCCGCGCCGGGGGUCCCGGCGCCCUGCUGCUGCUGGGCGUUGGCUGCGCCUUCCUCCAACCUCCGCGCCCGGCGCCCGAAGCCGCUCCGGCCACCCUGGGUGCGCUGGGGGCGAUCGCCGCACCAGCGGCGGCCUGGGCGCAGUUGGAGGGCUCCGCGAUGUUCUUUACAAAGCGCGGGGACAUCCUCGCGGAGUCCGAGGUGAUUCAGAACGUCCGGGAGAACCCGCCCUUCUUUGCGCAGUGGCCCCCGCUGGUGCAGAUCGCUGUGCCGGUGGUGAUCUUGCUGGCCAUCGCGGCGGCGGUGCCCUUGCUUACCGGGGAGAUGCUGGACAAAGAGACCAUCCGCCGAGCGAAGCGCCGGAAGAAGCAGAAGAAGAAGCUGCUGAAAGUGCUGCAGAGACAGGCCGCCAGAGCCGCGGCCCUGGACGCCGCGGAGGCGGAGGCGCAGCUGGAAGCCUCCCAGGCUGGACCUGGACCUGCACGGUGA